CGUUAAAUUUAAAACCUGAGAGUGUUGAAACUGUAAUUCAUGGUGCGAAACGAAUUGAGCCUUGUUUCACAAAGUCAAAUGACUGUUGAAGACCAUUCUCUUCAAGAGCAAAUGCUAUCUAAUACAAGCCAGGAUGCUCCAGGUCAUCUGUUAGAAAAGUUGAUAAGUGAAGCUGCCGAAAAACGUCGAAUCGUAUGUGGUGUGUACCAGGCAGCACAACUGCUAGAAAAACAUCCCUCCCGCGUUAUGGUGUGCAUUUUACCAGACGACAUACAAGAUGUAGAAGUACACAUCCAUUCUUUGCUUAUCCAGGCAUUCUGUUAUGAAAACAAGAUCCGUCUGGUGAAGGUGGACAGCGAAAGCAAAUUAUCAUCGAUAAUAUCCUCUAAGGUAGGAGUAAUAUCACCGACUUCAAAAAUUCCUGCAAACUUUCACUGUGUCAUAGUUAAAUAUCCAGAAAUGGGGCACAACAUAACAGUUGAACAGUUUUUCCAGUUUUACAAAAAUUACAGAAAAGCCUACAUUUCAUCUGUAAUUGCCUUACCCAGUUGAUAAAAGGAACACUGAAAGAACGUGACUGAAGAAAAGUCAGACACUUUUUGAAGCCUGGGAAUGUUAGAUUUACCUUCACCUGUGUAUGGCUUCGACGUACCAAUAAAAGUCCAGUGCCACCUGUUUCAACAGAUCUUUCCGACUUUUCCUAAUGAUUUGAAGUUCCAAUCUAAUGUUAUACAGCAAUUUUAAUAAAAUAUAUAGAUUUAGUUCUGUCAAUAACCUAUAUUCACUGCUUUAAAAAUUUGAAGUGCUUUGAGUGAGGUUAAUCUUAAGUGUUUUACUAAUGUAACUAAAAUUUGAUAACCCAGACAUAUUCGAUGGCGGACCUUUUAAUGGUGAUCAGAUCAUAAUGCUGGCUGAUGUUAGAUUUUCUGUUUAAGAGUAGAACAUAGUUAUAAGAAGUUAAAGCUAAUUAGUGGUAUAAAUAAAUUAAUUAUUUCAUCCCUAUCAACAACUGUCAACCAUGACAAAUAGCACCAGCUUUUAUUAGUUUUUAGAGAUGCGUAAACGAAGCAAAUAAUAGAUAUAAAUCAAACAACAAAGUCCAUAAGAAGAAUCACUGGGAACACGUAUUACACAAGAAAGUUAAAUUAGUGACGGAAUUAAUCCGCGUUGGAUAUAGUAAACACAAUUUAAAUUUAUUUACACUAACAGCAAUGUUUUCUAACAAUCAAGAUAUGAUUUCAGUUUUUAGGUGUCAUUUAUAAAAAGAGAGGCCCUGGAAUUUAAUUUGAUAAGGGGUGGUAUACGUUUCCAAAGAAGAUAAACGGUGGCCAAUUUCACGUGCUUGGUACAAGAGCAGUACCUGAUCUUUUGUUUAACUACAAAACAGAUUAUUUUAUUUUGUACUACAUUUCCUGAGCUUAUGAUCGUAUUUUUUAUUUUGGGUAUAUUUUCACAACAGUAUGAACUUACAAAAAUAAUAUAGUGUACUUUAAUUUAAUAAAACAAUUAUAACGUGUACUUAAAAUGAAUAAAACAAUUAUAACGUACCUAUUUUAUGAACUGGUUAAUUAUAUUUAACGGAAUAGUGUUAAGCAACUCAUUCUGCAGGUUUAGAAAAAACACUGAAGUAAAAAUAUCUUUCUUUAUAGUUAAUUCGUAAACUUAUUAUAGAUUCAAACAUUGUUUACUGUAAGGCAAGAUUUUGGUACAAAUGUAUGAGAAAA